GUAAUGCGUAGUUUGAUCAGAAAUUCCCCUCAAAAAACAAAAAAAAAAAGAUCAGAAAUCAACUUAAAUUUGGAUAUUUGAGUAAAUAUUGGAAAUUCAGUAAGACUGGAUGUUUGCAUUUUCCUGAUUCGCACUUCAUCACAAGGGUUUAGAGCUCACUCUUUCUAAUUCUCUAAACCCCAACGCCAUGAACCCUAUCAAUUCCACCGCCGUUAAGCCCACCGCCUUCCACCUCCCGCCUCUCAAUCCCCACCGCCCCUCAUCUUCCAAGCCCCUAUCUUCCCUCUCCCUCAGAUUCCCGCCUCCGCCGCUGCCUCACUUCUCUCUCCCCACUAUCCGCGCUUCUCUGCCCAGUCCCAGCCCUAAUCGUAAAAAUUCCGAUAAAACCCCUAAAUUGUUCAAAUUUCAGACCCCCAGCCACAAAGCCGCCGCCGAAAGCUCCUUAAAUCCAUUUCUGGCCCCUCUCAAAACUGCUCUGGCCACCACGGUCGCCGCCGCGGCGCUUUUAUUUUCUGGAUUUUAUUUGUCGUGUAAACCCGCAAUUACCGCCCCGAUUUCACCGCCUAAUGUAGAGACAGCUGAAAGGGAUUCCACUGCGGAUGAAGAAAGGGAAAAAUCUAUUGAAGAGCACUUGGUUUCCAAUCCUGACGAUGUUGAGGCACUCAAGACAUUGAUGGAGAUGAAGAUAAAGAGCAAAAAGAUUCCCGAAGCUAUUGAGAUUAUCGACAAAUUGGCGGAACUCGAGCCGGAGGAAGUUGAGUGGCCAAUGAUGAAAGCCCAUCUGUUUGCUUACAAUGGUGAGUUUCAGCUAGCUAGAAACGGCUUCUAUGAGCUGGUGGAGAAGGAUCCCUUCCGCGUGGAGGCCUAUCACGGGCUGGUGACUGUGGCGUCGCAGGAGGAGUCGAGCGAGGCAUUGGUGGCUAUUGAGAGGAAAGUUGAAGAGGCAAUGGCAUUAUGCAAGAAGGAAAAUAAGAAGACUGAUAUGAGGGAUUUUAAGCUGUUGCUUGCUCAAAUUAGAGUGCUCGAUGGGAAGUAUGACGAUGCAUUGAAAUUUUAUCAGGAGUUGGUGAAGGAGGAGCCAAGGGAUUUCAGGCCGUAUCUUUGUCAGGGAAUAAUUUAUACCUUGUUGAGGAAAAAUGGGGAGGCUGAGAAGAGUUUUGAGAAAUAUAGGAGAUUGGUUCCUAAAGGACACCCUUACGCCAGCUAUUUCGAUGAGAAUAUGAUUGCUACUAAGCUUUUCGCACAGAAGGUGGAGAAUGAGAGAGCUAUGGCAAAGAAUUAGGGAAGUUGUGAUGUUUUGUUUUGUAGCCAGAGAACUGUUGCUGAUGAUGAAGGUGAAGGUAUAUUGAUUCUUAUGUAAGGCCAAAAUGAGUCCAUUUAUUUGAAAGAAGUGGUGCCCGGUGGAAAUACUUGAUGCAGAAUGAGGAAUUUGAAACGCUAUGUCUAAGUAGAUAUUCAGGGCUUCUUAUUAAUAUCCAUGUAUGUGACAGACUCAUAGUUCUGUAAUCUGUCUCCCUGGGGUUGAGCAUGUUCUUGUGGCGAUGAAUGCCACACGGCCAUUAGCCUAGUCUCUUUCAUCAUAUAAUGGCUGCUAGAACAUUUCUUCGGAGAAUAAGUUCAUGGAUGUAUGCAGCGAGCUAUGACAUUCUGGUGGCAGUAUGUCGAGCUUCAGCGUCACUGUUCAACGUCUCAAUGAUACAAACAUUUGAAUGUGAUUUUGUGAAGAUCGAAGCUGUUUGCUGGUUGCAGUUGGACAUAUUUACCUUGCACUAACCGCUCUUCUAUUUUGAUAUUCUCCAACAAAGUUGACAUGGGUUCGCUCAGCCCAGACUUUUGUAAGUGCGUUAUGUUUUAGUAGUAUGUUGAUGAUAAUAAUGGCUUGAAUUUGUUUUAUUUUUUGACUUGUAUGCCGAAAAAUUGCAGGGUGUGAGUAUCGGCUAAAUUUAUAAUGUAACACAUAAAAUCUUAUUGAAUUGUUUGGUACUUGGAAGCAUAUUUGUCUUCUUAAAUAACAAAAUAUAGGACAAACUUGCUUCUGAGUUAAAAUCCUAUUCUGAAAAAAAUUCAACUUUAGUUCUUUUCAUUAUAAAAACAAUCGCUCCGACCAUCUUAAAGUUUUUCAUGGUUUUAAUUUGUCGAAAUUGGGCUGUCUAUCUGAUCAGCUAUAUCAAAAGUUUGGUUGAACAUUUGCAUAAAAUAACUAUAGUAGAUAUUUAACAAUACUAUGCUCCUAUUAUUUUAUUUUUUCAGUUGAGUGAGUGGAAUAUAGAGACGCGAAUCAUGUUCAUGCAUUUAUAUUAAGGUCAAAAUAUUACAAAAUUCUUUGAAGAUUUUAUGAUUUUUUUAGUUUAGUGAGUGGAAUAUAGAGACGCGAAUCAUGUUCACUCAUUUAUAUAAAGGUUAAAAUAUUACAAAAUUCUUUGAUGAUUUUAUGAUUUGAUGUUGAUACAACCGUUUGUUAUGUUAUUAGAAAUUUUUGAAACAAACCCUUGAUAGACUUGAUGUGCCGGUUCUGUUUUUACUACGCAUGCGAGUAGCAUCAUAAUUUAUUGGUAGUUGUCAUGUCGAUACCUGUAGAUGGACAUUUCAUUCAAUUUAAAUUAUUCACCACAAUUUUCGACUUUUAUGCUUAUUAACAUAUUAAUCUACUUCUUUUGUAUGAUUUGCGCAGACCAUUGUACAGAAAUUAGGGUGAUCCAAUACCCACAAAAAAAUAGCAGCUGCGAGUUAUCAAAAUAAAAUAAGAAUCUCCAUAAUUUUUUUGAAAGGAAACUCUCAAUAUUGACAUAUGCUUAGGGAUGUCAAUGCAGCCCGAAACCCGUGGGCCGACCCGAAUAACCCGACAAAAUUAGAGGGUUAGGGUUGAAAAAUAGCAACCCGAAAAAACCUCCAACCCAAUUAGCCCGCACCCGACUAAUCCGGAACCCGAUAGGACUAGCCCGAAAACCCGAUGGGCUAACCCGAUUGACAUCCCUACAUAUGCUACCAUAUUAUUGUUAUUAUUAUGAAAUUAAAUUUGGAUGUAACAAAAGAUUAUAGAAAUGAUGGACUAUAUCGAUGAAAUGAUAGUCUGCCCAAAAUGGAGAUCGUAGAUGAAGACUUGUCUCUUGUCUGUAAUCAUGUCGGUUCUGGUGAAUGGUAGUCCUUCGGGUGAAUUCUCCCUGCAAAGAGGUCUUAGACAAGGAGACCCUAUAUCUCCGUUUCUCUUUCUCAUCGCGGCAGAAGGAUUUAAUUGUUUGGGUUAGUUGGGAUAGAGUGUGUUCUAGUAAGUCUGAUGGUGCUCUAAGAGUUAGAGAUGUAAAAGUUUUCAAUUUGGCUCUUAUUUGCAAAUGGUUCUAGAGAUUUGCUAAAAAUCAAAAUUCUCUUUGGGUGAGGGUUCUUAGAUCUAGAUAUGGGGUGUUGUCUGAUGGUUUUAGAGAUCCGAUUAAUGUAAAUUCAGUUUCUUUGUAGUGGAAAUAUUUUUUGCCAAAACAUCUCUUUUUCUUUAGGUAAUGGGUUGUCUAUUAUGUUUUGGGAGGAUCUUUGGUUUCAGGGGAGGCUUUUAAAUAUAAAUUGUGGAAUUUGUAUUGCUUAUCUUGUCAAAAAGGUUUGAAGGUUGGGGAGAUGGGUGUUAUCAGAGAAGGAGAGUGGGUUUGGAAACUUUGAAUGAGCAGAGGAAUGAGCUUGGACAGAGGAAUCACUCGGGUCAGAGGAAUCGCUGAAGUCAGAGGAAUGCUCCACUCACAGACAGUCAACGGCAGAAAUGACCACUUUACCUGGGAAGCGUCAGAGCAGAGGAAUCAUCUGUUCGCAGAGGAAUCCAAAACUCCCCGAUACACACGGGUCUCUGUCUCUGAGCAGAGGAAUGAGCGAAGGCAGUCGAAAUUACCAUAAUACCCCUAACCACGCGGGGAACGUGACUUCAAGACUGAAAUUACUAUUUUGCCCCUAAAGUGUAUUCUAUAAAUACCCAUGCACUUGUACCAUGUAUUUUUACGCGCACGCUUUCUCAAUACAACAAAAGAAAACUCUUUUUUGUUCUCGGCAAUUCAAUUCCACUCAACUCUCUUUCGAUUCUAACGUUCGAUACUAGGUAAAACUCACAAUCCGAUCAUGAUUCACCAGUUAAAACACUACCCACUCAAUUACGAUUCACCACAUCCAUCUAUGGACAACUCCAUCUCGUGGAAGGGUUCAAGCACCAGAAACUUCACAACAAAAGAGAUGUACGCACUCAUUCACAAAACUCUUUACUUGGUGGACAACGUCCCGGUUGCAUUCAAGGCCAUUUGGUUAAAAUGCAUCCCUUGCAAAGUAUCAUCCUUUGUUUGGAAGGGUUUUGAAAACAGGAUCCCAUCAAGAGACAAUUUGGUGAAGAGAGGAAUUUUGCUUGAGAAUGACGACUACAACUGUCCCCUCUGUUAUUCUCAUUUGGAGACCAUUGAGCAUACUCUAUUGUUGUGCUCUUUCUCUAUUCAGGUGUAGAACAAUAUCUGUAAGUGGUUGAAAAUUUCUUCCACUUCUUCCUCGUCAAUUCUGGAUCAUUUCUACGAGUUUGUAGAGAAAGGUGGGGAUAAGGCUGAAAAAUUGAUGUGGAGAUGGUUAAAGGCAUUCUAUCCUAGCAUUUUCUGUUACUCAUCCCACAAGUGAUUUUUAGAUCCUUUCAGUUAUUGCCUGUCGAAAUUGUCUUGAGCUUCUUUUGAUGGAGGCUGCGUGUACUAUACUUUGUUUUGUACGGAUUUGAGUACCCCUUGUACUCUUUCUUGAU